AUGAAAUUCUCUCUCAUGUUGAGCGCAACCGCUCUCGCCCUUGCAAACCGAGCAAGCGCCUUUUACGGUCAAAUGGCCGCUUCAGACUACUCGGCGAACGAAGGUGGCACAUUCCAAAUAAUUUAUCUCACCGACUACAACACCGGCUCUACCUACUCCGGUACCCUUCGCGGAGGUUUCAAUGGUUGUACCAGCUCUCAAUGCCCCGUCUCUUUCUAUGAGACUAGCCCAGGAGGGUACGGCUUCAACGCUCUCAUGUGGCGAACCAACGAUGGAUGCCACAACAUUAAUUUCGAAGGUGCCCUCAGCGCUGGUCAUGGCUGGUGCUGUGGCUCUCUGCCCUGUGACUUCACUGCUUAG